AUGUGUUACGUGGGCAAAGCGACGAAGAUCUUCAUCUUCAUAGUCACUGCUCUUGUGGUUACUGGACUUGUAUUGGGAUUUGGGCUGCUCCGCCACCACGGACUUCAUGGCAAAUCCCACAAAUGCUCGCCCGAUUCCUGCCCGGAAGCAACCCCCGUGAUUUUCCCUAGUCCAAAUUCCGAUCCCAGCUCCAGUUUCACUCCUAAUCCUUCGACCAAUCCGAAUCCAGCUCCAUCUCCGCCGCCGCCGUCGCAGGGAGAUAAUUCAGGCCCUAGCGUUCCGGAUUCGCCUCCGCCUCCGACGUUGUCUUCCCCACCGCCGCCUAGCGACAAUUCAGGCCCAAGUGGCCCUGAUUUGUCUCCGCCUCCGACAUUCUAUUCUCCACCCCCUCCGCAGCCGCCAGCUUCAUACCCACCGCCUCCUGUGGUGGUCGCGGAGGCUCCACCGCCGGCGUUUAGUCCUCCUAGCCCUGUUCCGCUGACGCCAGGUCCAGUGAGUAAUUCAUAG